AUGACUCGGCCCGAGACAAAGCCAGGGGGAGGCUGGAUCAGCAGGACCUGGGAUGCUGCUUCUGAGACAGGGCUGGGGGGGUUGGGGACAUGUCCAGGACUUAGUCCCACAUUGUUACAGAGCAGAGAUCACCCCAUAUGCUCCAUCCUCCUCCUGGAAGUCUGGUGCUGGCGUCUGCCUGCCUGCCCCUCCAUUCAUUGGUCUGGAAGCCGCUUCUCCCGCAACCCCAGCUUCACUUCCGCAGCUGGGCAGCCUCGUGGGACCCUCCGCGAGUGGGCUGAAGGGGGCAAGUGUCUGAGGCUCCGUCUGCCCAGGCUGGGGGUGAGGGGAGCUGAUAUGGGACACCCAGGUUGGCUCCUGUGGGCGCUGGUCCCCCUGGGGGCAGCGCUGGCGAAGGUGGGGCCGGUGCCGAAUUUCAGCUGGAACAGCACCUUCUGUCACUUGGCAGUGCCCAGGACCGUGCCCGCCUCUCCCCUCCGGUCUCUCAGCUUCCUGAACCGGGGCCCAGAUGGGUUGGCUCUCUUCCAUGCCAGUUGGGAUGAGCAGGGGCACCUGCUGGAAUGCGCCUGGUGGGACAGAACUCCCAUUAUCCUGCCUUACCAGGCUGCGUGCGCUCGGGAGAGGGGCAGCAAGACCCGGUCUGGCAUUUUGGCCCACACCCCAAGCCCUGCGCUGCAGCGCGCUGUGGAAGCCCUGCAGGAGCGGCGGGACGCCUGUGGCAGGACGGAGGAGGAACCACCGAGCGCCGGGAGGGAGGGGAUCAAAGCGUCAGCCGAAGGGGAGGAGGAGCUCCAGGCAGCCGCUGGGCACCGGCGCGUGAGGAGGGGCUGGACCGUUCCCGGAACUCUCUGGUGCGGAGUGGGGGACUCUGCGGGGAACUCCACAGAACUGGGGAUCUUCCAGGGGCCAGACCUCUGCUGCCGGGAGCACGACCUCUGUGCCCACAACAUCGCGCCCUUCCAGUAUAACUACGGGAUUCGGAACUAUCGUUUCCACACCAUCUCCCAUUGUGACUGUGAUUCCAGGUUCCAAGGUUGUCUGCAGAGUCAACAGGACGCCGUUUCGGACUUUGUGGGCACCACCUUCUUCAAUCUGCUGGAAAUUCCCUGCUUUGUGCUGGAGGAGAAGGAGGCCUGUAUCCAGUGGCACUGGUGGGGCGGGUGUAAGAAAUAUGGCCCCAUUCCCCAGGCCAGACUUCUACAACAGAGUCGCUAUAAUGUGACUCAGACCCAGCCCGGCCACGGAGCGAAGCCUUCCGGGAGGAGGCAGGAGAGACAGAGGCAUCGAAUGCAGAGCAAAGGGCCCAAGGGGCCCGGGUCCCAUGACCAUCCUUCCCCACCUCUGCCCAGCAGUCCACAGAAAGCUAACAUUGGUGCCCAACCACCAUCUCCAACCCUCCCUGGCCUGCCUCCCAGCCUGGUGACCACCCCAGGAAAGCAGGUGAGGGUGGCUGGGGACCACUACACUAAGGGGAGUCCUCAGGGCAGAGGCCACGGGCCCGGUGGGAGACAAGCAGCCAGAGGCCCAACAGAGGUUGCAGCUCAGGGACCACCAGAGACCCCAGUUCCUGAUGAUGCACGUCCAAAGCCCAGUCUCCACCCAGUUGAUAAGAAGAUCUACCCAGAUUUUUCAGAGGCCUGCCAGUGCUACUGGCAGUUGGACCAGUGUCAGCACAAGAUUGAACCCGGGGAGACCAAGUACCAGGUGUACAAUUCAGAGAACCACACCCUCUUUCACUGCAACUGUACAAGACGGCUGGCCAAGGUGCUGAGGACCAAGCGUCCCAAUGAGGUGGAGGACAAACUUUGGAAUCUGCUGGCUCUGACUUGCUUUGAGCUGAGAUGGCCUGAGGACUGUGAACCCAGCGAUGGCUGCAGGGAUGACCCCCGGGCUGUGGUGGUCCCUGCCAGGUACCUGCGGCGUUUGUGGAAGAAGCAGGCUGGAUGGCUGAGCAAAGCCACAGGGAAGGCUGAGAAGAGAAUGAAGAGAAGAGAGAGGAGCCUAGGGGCCUGGGGGCACCGGCAGGAGCUUCGAGGGGCCGUGACUCUCUAUGACAAAUGCCGUGAGGUGGUUUCGGCUGUGCGGUGGGCACCCCAGUGAUGGGGGAGGCAGCCGCUGGCAGCCUCGGGGUCAUAUGUGCAGAUGAACCUCACUCCAGGGUCCCACUGAUACCUGAGCAGGAGCCCAGCCCUCCCCAGGGGUGUGCCUGGCCCAUCUGGGGUUUUGUGCUGACUGGCAGGGGAUGGUCCCAUCCGCUGUCUUCUUGGGCAGCAUCUGCCCCUCCUACUCAGGACAAACAAGGCAUCACCCUGAGAACUAGAGGGCAUCACUGCCCCCCGCCAGGCAGCCUGGGCUGGCUUCUUCGGACAGGACAGAAGACUGAGGUCUUUGUCUUUGCUAAUGGUGGGCAAACAGUCACUGGCACAACAGAGUGAACUCUGGACUGGGAGGCAGGAGACCCGAGUUCAGUCCUAGCUCUUCAGCGACUCUGCAUACGAGCAUGGGUAAGUUCCUUCACCUGGAUAGGCCUCAGUUUACCCAUCUGUAAAGUGAAGGAUGGGACGAUUUGGGUCAAGUCGAUUCACCAUCCUGGGCCUCAGUUUCUCCAUCUGUAAAAUAUGGGGGCUGGACUAGAUGGCCUCUGAGGGCCGCCCACCCCCCCCAGGUCUGGAGCCAUGAUCCUUUCUCGUGUAUACCCUGAUGGUAUAGCUUUAGCCCCCUACUCCAAAGGCAUAUUCCUGACUCUGGACUUUCAAUUUCCAUGCUCAGAGUACACCUUGAUGCCUCGACCCCCUACUGUUUAACUUGCUGGGCUGCCCUUGCCCUUGGGAUACUGCCUGGGGCAGGGGGAGGGGAAGGGGGGUAAAUUAUUGGGGGCCCCAUCCGAUACCGUUGUUGAUAUUGGAAUAUUGUAAAGCGAAGAGCUGGCAGCUGCCUCGGGCCAGGGGGGCGCUGCCCUCUCACCCAGGAUGUAAUGAUAAAGGUUGUUUGUUGGCUGACA